AUGAGCGAGACCGCUCAAUUAAAAGUGCAUUCCGAUUUAUUAGAUAUAGAAGAUGAGCCAUUUGAACUGGAGUUGCUUCGUAGUCCGUAUUCUUUAAGAAGUUGGCUACGAUACUUGUCAGCACGCGAAAAUUCUACACUUGAAAAGCGUGUUUUGUUGUAUGAGCGAGCAUGUUCGGAAUUACCUGGAAGUUACAAGAUAUGGAAAGCAUAUUUGGAAAUGCGAUUAGCACAUUUAGAGGGCGGAUCGUUUGUUUCAAAUCCACAGGCUUUUCUAGACGUGAAUAGUUGUUUUGAACGAGCAUUAGUUCUUCUUCACCGUAUGCCGGUCAUGUGGCAUAUGUACUUGAAGUUUGUCAUGCAGCAGCCUGAUGUAACAAAAGUUCGCAAGGUAUUUGACGCUGCUCUUCGUGCUUUACCAGUGACACAGCACGAUGAUAUAUGGAUGCUAUAUUUGGAAUUUGCUGAAGAGAUCGGUGGCCCAUUUUGUAUCCAUGUGUAUAGAAGGUAUAUUCAACUUGAACCUCGCGCCGUCGAGUCCUAUAUAGAAGUAUUGGUUAAUUUAGAGCUAUGGAAUGAAGCCGCACAUCAGUACCUGGAUAUCCUGAAUCGACCGGUUUUUCUUUCUAGCAAAGGGAAAAGUAAUUAUCAGAUAUGGAACGAGUUUUCACAGUUAAUCGUACAGCAUCCUGAGGAUAUAGAACAAAUCGAUGUUGAACGCGUUUUCCGGGCGGGUAUUCAUCGUUUCACCGAUCAAGCUGGUAAGCUGUGGACUUCUUUAGCUCAGUAUUAUAUUCGUUUGGGAUAUUAUGAAAAGGCAAGGAGUAUCUUUUAUGAAGGAAUUACUACCGUUAUGACUGUUCGCAAUUUUACCCAGGUAUUUGAUGCAGCUGUUGAAUUUGAGGAACAAUGGCUCUCCAUGCGAGUGGAAAACAAGCCUUCUCAAUUAAAAGAUGAAAUUGGGGUGGACUACCAUCUAUCUUGGUUAGAAAAACUACUCGAUCAACGCUCUUUGUAUAUUAAUGAUGUUAUUUUACGACAAAAUAUUAAUAAUGUUGACGAAUGGCAGCGUCGAACCACCUUGGUCGGCGAUGAUCGUGAAAAAAUUGUACAAAUCUACGCUGAAGGCUUACAAAAAAUCAACCCUAAAUUAUCUAUCGGUUCAUUUGGUUCUUUCUUUUCAAAUUUUGCUAAAUUUUAUGAGGAUAUUGGCGAUGUUGAACAGGCUAAAGUUAUUUAUGAAAAAGCCACCAAUGUGCCGUAUAAUUCUGUAAAUGAGCUGGCUCAGGUGUGGAUUAAUUGGGCCGAAAUGGAGUUGAAAUACCAGAAUUUUGAAACUGCUAGAAAAUUAAUUGGGGAUGCUGUCCAAGCUCCUAAAAGAAGCAACAUUAGCUUCUUUGAUGAAGCUUUAUCUCCCCAGGUCAGACUUCAUAAAUCUGCCAAAAUUUGGAUGUAUUAUUUGGACUUGGAAGAAAGCGUUGGAUCAGUAGACUCGACGCGAAAGCUUUACGACCGCAUGUUUGAACUUAAAAUUGCGACACCACAGGUAGUGGUUAAUUAUGCGAACUUUUUGGAAGAGAACGGGUUUUACGAAGACUCAUUUAAAAUCUAUGAAAGGGGUGUUGCUCUUUUCAGCUAUCCUGUUGCGUUUGAGUUAUGGACACUUUACCUAGUAAAAUUCAUUGAACGAUAUAAGGGAAAACAGUUUGAAAGAGGUAGAGAUCUUUUUGAACAAGCAUUAGAAGGCUGUCCAUCUGAAUUUUCUAAAAGUAUUUAUUUGCUUUACGCGGAUUAUGAGGAAAACUACGGCAAGGUUAAAAGAUCUAUAUCAGUAUUAGAGAAAGCUUUGAAAGAUGUUACUCCCAAAGAUCGCCUUAGCGUCUUUAAUGUUUUAUUGCUCAAGGUAGCAUUUAAUUAUGGUGCACUAGCUACUCGUCCGAUUUAUGAAAGAGCCAUUGAAAUACUUAAUGACGAAGAAGUAAAGGAUGUGUGCCUACGCUAUGCAGAAAUGGAAACACGAUUGGGUGAAAUUGAUCGUGCUCGUGCUAUCUUUACCCAUGGAAGUCAGUAUUGUGACCCACGGGUAGAAACUGAGUACUGGCAACGUUGGCAAGAUUUUGAAGUUAAAUACGGAAAUCCAGAAGAAACCGUCAAGGAGAUGCUUCGUAUUAAACGCUCUAUUCAAGUGAAAUUUAGUACAAAUACAUUAAAUAUUGCAAAACAGGUUGCCUCUAUGGAAACACCUUUAACAUCCGGGGAUGCUAUGGAACAGUUGGAAUUAUCACAGGAAAACUCUAAACCCUUAGCAGGAUUUGUUGCUUCAAGUACAGGACCAAUGGGAGGUAUACAGCAAACGAAUGUUGUGGAACAAGAACCAAAAAACCCUGACGAAAUAGACUUAGGCUAA